CAGCCACAAAUAUCAAGCAAAUCAAGCACUCCGAGUCAGACCUUUCCACCCACACACAGCCCGCGUCUUCAAGCGAGUACGACCACAGCCUUGCUUAGCUCCAUUACAUCGACUGUUCUCUGCGUCAGCGACAGCGCAACGCUUUCAAGUCGCAAGCAGAACCCGCAACAUAGGCGCGGCCGCCACUAUGGCCUCUGAAUACAAGACCCGCACCGGGCAGGAAUUCGAUCGGAAUGCAUUCGAGUCUCUUCUGAGGCGGAAAGUCUUUCUCUGGCAGUCAUUUGAACCGUACGGCGCAACCAAAGGCCUCUUCGACUAUGGACCGCCACUCGAGAAUCUAGAAGCUGAAGUGAUCAACAUAUGGCGGGACCACUUCAUCCGACACGAGAAGAUGAUGGCGCUCAAAUGCUCCAUGAUCACGCCUUACCAAGUCCUGAAGACGUCCGGCCACGUCGACAAGUUCGCAGACUACAUGUGCAAAGACCCCAAGACCGGCGAGAUUCUCCGCUCCGACCACCUAAUCAAGGACGUGAUCGAAGCACGCCUCAAAUCAGACAAGGAAGCACGCGGUGAGAAAGUCGAAGACGCCGAAGAAGACCCGAAAAAGAAAAAGAAGCAAUCCAAAGCCGUCAAAUCCGCCGUCAAGCUCGAUGACGCCGUCAAGCAAGAAUACGAGCACCUCCUCGCCACCCUCGACGACUGCACCGGCGACGACAUGGGCGCGCUGAUCAAAAAGCACGACAUCCGCAACCCAACCACCAACAACGAAGUCGAACCCCCCGUCUCCGUCAACCUCAUGUUCCAAACCCAAAUCGGCGCCACGGGGAAAGAACCCGCCUUCCUCCGCCCCGAAACCGCCCAAGGCCAAUUCCUCUCCUUCCAGAAACUCCUCGAGUACUCCGACAACCAACUCCCCAUGGCCUCCGCUUCGAUAGGGUACUCCUUCCGCAACGAGCUCUCCCCCCGCUCCGGCCUGCUGCGUGUGCGCGAAUUCCUCAUGGCAGAAAUCGAACACUUCGUCGACCCGGAAAGCGGCAAACGCCAUCCCAAAUUCCAUUCAGUCCGCGACGUCAAACUCCCUCUCCUCGACCGCAAGACCCAAUCCGCCGGCGGAUCAACCCCAACCGUCACGAGCAUAGGCGAAGCGGUGGACAGCAAACUCGUCGACAACGAAACUCUGGGCUACUUCCUCGUGCGCAUCAUGCAGUUCAUGCAGAAAAUCGGCAUCGAUCCGGCCAAGCUGCGUUUCCGGCAGCACAUGGCGAACGAAAUGGCGCAUUACGCCGCCGAUUGCUGGGACUGCGAGUUGUUGAACUCCUACGGCUGGAUCGAAUGUGUCGGGUGCGCGGACAGAAGUGCGUACGACUUGUCGGUUCACGAGAAGGCGACGGGGACGUUUCUGAAAGUUCGCGAGCCGCUUAAGGACCCGAAACGGGUGGAGGAGUGGACGGCGAGUUUGGACAAGAAGAAGUCGGGCCCGAAGUUGAAGAAGGAUCAGAGUAAAGUCGAAGCGGCGUUGGCGGGGUUGAGCCAGGAGAUGAGGGAGAAGAUGUCGAUUAGUAUGGAGAAGGAGGGGAAAGUUGAGGUGAGUGUGGAGGGGGUGGAGGGUGGGAAGGUGGAGUUGGGGAGGGAGAUUGUGAGUUUCGCGAAGGAGAGUCGGGUGGAGACGAUGAGGGAGUAUACUCCGAAUGUUAUUGAGCCUUCGUUUGGGGUGGGCCGGAUUCUGUAUAGUUUGAUGGAGCAUGUGUAUUGGACGCGGGAAGGGGAUGCGGCGAGAUCGGUCAUGUCCUUCCUGCCCACCCUUGCGCCGAUCAAGGUCCUCGUCGUCCCGCUCCAAAAAGACGCCCGUUUCGCCCCGUUGCUCUCGGAACUUGAGGCCCGUCUCGACGACGCACAGCUCAGUUACAAAGUCGAUCAGUCCGGUGUUUCGAUCGGGAAGCGGUAUUCGCGCAACGACGAGUUGGGCAUUCCGUUCGGUAUCACGGUUGACUACGAGAGUCUCGAAGGCAAGGGUUUCACGUUGCGUGACCGCGAUAGCACGAAGCAAGUGCGUGGGAGUUUGGAGGAGAUUCUGGAGGCGAUUGGGAAGAUGUGUAAGGGGAAGGAGGGGUGGGAGAGUGUGGAGAAGAGGUUGCCUGUGUUUGAGGGCAAGGAGGAGAAGGAGGAGUAAUGUACGACGCAGUUGAAGUGCGCUUCGCCUGGCCAUCGGGCUGCGAGUCGUAUGCGAAUGCGGCGAUUUCGGUCUACGCGUCGGUCGGGAAGGUCUCGCCACUACUGGCAUCGAGAUCGUGCAGGAUUGCGGGCUUCUGUGUCGGAGAAGCCUGAAGGACAAAAGCAAAGUGGCGCAAGCCUUUUGGUUCCGACUGCAUGCUGCUAUGCUUAAUGCUGAGGCUGAAGGGGCAGCGCGUGGGAUGGUGAUGACUGAAGCGCGGGACAGCACGCUGCUGCAUGCCAUGGCAUGGCGUAUGUGCCAGCUCAUCCCUCCCAUCGGUAACCGCGGCGUGGCUGGGAGUCGUGUCUGCGUCAUCCAGUAUCUCUCAUUGUACUUCCGCAUGGCGACAACAUCGUCACGGGCUCAAAAUCUUGUUGUGGUUAUACUGCAGUGAGACUUGUUGUUCGUCCAUCAAUUCUCGUCGUGACACUGCGAUCGAUCCACACGGC